UUAUCCUAUCAGCUUAUCUCGUCAUUCCAAGAAAAUCUCCAUCAAACCUCUCCACCAUACAAAUCUGUUUCCUACUUCAAUCCCACUUUCUGCAACUAAUCACGACGAUUCGGUUUGGAAGAAGCAGCAAUGGCAGCUUCACUGCAAGCAGCGGCAACUUUCAUGCAACCAACCAAGGUGGGUGUCUCCGGCCGUCUGCAGCUUAAGUCUUCUCCGAGCAUCUGCAAGGCCUUCGGUGUCGAGUCCUCUGGAGCCAGAGUGUCUUGCUCUCUUCAGGCUGAUCUCAAGGACUUCGCUCAGAAAUGCACUGAUGCCGCCAAGAUCGCCGGCUUCGCUCUUGCCACUUCUGCCCUUGUUGUUUCGGGAGCAAGUGCUGAGGGAAGUCCAAAACGGCUAACUUUUGAUGAGAUCCAAAGCAAGACAUACAUGGAAGUAAAAGGAACCGGAACAGCUAACCAGUGCCCAACCAUUGACGGCGGAGUUACUGGGUUUGCUUUCAAGUCCGGCAAAUACAACGCCAAGAAAUUCUGCCUUGAACCCACAUCAUUCACAGUCAAAGCCGAAGGUGUAAGCAAGAACUCUACACCGGAGUUUCAAAAGACCAAACUCAUGACCCGUUUGACCUACACCCUUGACGAGAUCGAGGGUCCUCUUGAAGUGUCUCCUGAUGGAUCCAUUAAGUUCGAGGAGAAAGAUGGAAUCGACUACGCUGCUGUGACUGUUCAGCUUCCCGGAGGUGAACGUGUGCCAUUCCUAUUCACAAUCAAACAACUCGUAGCAUCUGGGAAACCAGAGAGCUUUAGUGGAGAAUUUCUAGUGCCAUCUUACAGAGGAUCGUCGUUUCUUGACCCAAAGGGUAGAGGUGGUUCCACCGGAUAUGAUAAUGCUGUUGCUUUGCCAGCAGGAGGGAGGGGAGAUGAAGAGGAGCUUUCUAAAGAGAACGUAAAGAAUGUUGCAGCAUCAACGGGAAAGAUUACUUUGAGUGUCACCUCAAGCAAGCCGGAUACUGGAGAGGUGAUUGGAGUGUUUGAGAGUAUUCAGCCUUCGGAUACUGAUCUUGGGGCUAAGGUUCCAAAGGAUGUGAAAAUCCAGGGUGUCUGGUAUGCUCAGUUGGAGUGAUAGAUGUUUGGUUUUUAGCAUCAAUGUAUUUGUGUUUCUUGCUCCUGACAACCACGAGGUAUCGAGACAUUUUCUUGCUUGUAUAUUAUCAAGAUUCAAGAAUACUUAUAAUGAAUGUUAUGAUCCUUUUUUGUUUGUUCCUUUUUAA